AUGAGAGCCCUCCUCCAUCUCUUCUCCGCUCCUCCUCCGAUCCCCUCCCCCAAAACCCUAACCCUAAAAAACCCUAACCCUAGCCUCACCUCCCCCUCAGCCUCCCUCCGCCUCCGCCGCCGCGCUCAGCACCUCCGCCGCCUUCGUCCCCAACGCCGACGAUGCGCGGACGACUGCGGCGGCGGCGACGGACUACGAGAUUGGGAGGAAGAAGAAGAGGCCGAGGAGCUCGACAACAAGAAGGACUACGACGUCGAGUACGACGCCUCCUUCGGCCACUUCUCUCCCGCCGCCGCCGCUGCCGCCGCUCCCGACGACAUCGAGAUGGUCGACAGCAAGAGCUUCGUAUCGAUCCAGGAGUGGGACGAGGAGACGGUGGUGGAUUAUAGGAUUAAUGAGGACGAGUUUCACAAGAUCAGCUUGCUUCACUGUGAUUUCUUCAUUCGGAAGCCGCCGGAUCCGGACAGUAAUGUCUAUGAUUUUAGGGAGAUGUACGUGACGCCGCCGGAUAUGGAUGUGUACUCGAUUCCUAAGGUUUUAGCUCCCAUGCCGCAAAAGUAUAUUAGGUGUUCAAAAACUGAUUUUGGAUGCUAUAAUGUUACGGAGCCGCCUAUAGAUGCGCCUAGAGAUCCAUUGUAUAAAACUGAGAGGGAGAUAAUGAAGGUUUUCUUAACAAAGCAUUACAGAAAUAGACGAGCAAAUGAUUCAGAGUUUGUGCUUGAUUUUGAAGAAAUCUAUGUUAUUGACUCGAAAUCUAAAUCCAUAACAAGGGCUAAAGUUUUGGUGACGGUUCCUGGAGGAAGAACUAGGGAUAGGAGGAAUGAUCUGUUAAUCAUUCGAGAUGGUGGAAAUUCCUUCAAGAUUAUUGACAAGGCACAAAGGGAUGAUCCAACUACUGUAAUCGAGAGAGAGGAGUGGGUCAAGACUAGGCAGGACAUGGAGAAGCAUUUAAGCAAGCUUCGAGAUUUCAGUGUCUCAAAUUGGUUCUAAUAGGCUAAUAAAUUCAUUGCGUACGCGUUAAAAGAAAUAUUUUAGACCAUACAGGAAGCAAUGAUUCCUCGUUCGUACGAUUCGAUAUGUUUAAUUAUUUGUAUAUUAGCGCAGGGGGUGAAAUUCUCCCUGCUGUAGUUGGCGAGGCGGGCUUUACAGUUUGGUGUAAAUCGUUUCUAAACGGCUCAAGGUUUUUGGCAAAUUUUUGUACGCAUCCAAAAUCUGUUUUCUCAAA